AUGAUUUCAACAAUCGGCACAACAACAAUUCAAACAACAGCACCAAACUCUUUAGUCAUGAAUCCAACAUCUAUGUUAGUAGAGAUGAAAAGCUUCAUUCCUUCUUCAUAUACUUUUGAAACAGAAAUCCAGAAGAUAAAGCAAGAACUUUUAACAUGUAAUUUAGACUGUAGUGCGAAAGAUGAAACAAAUGAACAGUAUCUUUAUGAAAUGCAGGACCUCAUCGACCAUUUACCCAAACUACCUGAAAUCCAACAACAAAAACUCACUAUUCCUGAAUUCGAUGAAAUUGAAGUCAAAGCAACUG